CCGCGGAGCCGAGACCCUCCCGGCUAGCGGGCGGUGGGUCCGGGGAAGGGCCGGGCCGGGGUUUGGGUUCCCGGCGGCCCUCCGCCAUGAAGCUGACUCGGAAGAUGGUCCUGUCCCGGGCCAAGGCCUCGGAGCUGCACAGCGUGCGGAAGCUCAACUGCUGGGGCAGCCGCCUCACAGAUGUCUCCAUCUGCCGGGAGAUGCCCAGCCUGGAGGUGAUCACCCUCAGCGUCAACAGCGUCUCUACCCUGGAGCCCGUGAGCCAGUGCCAGCAGCUGAGCGAGCUCUACCUGCGGAAGAAUCGCAUCCCCAGCCUGGCGGAGCUUUUCUACCUGAAGGGCCUGCCGCGCCUGCGCGUGCUCUGGCUGGCAGAGAACCCUUGCUGCGGUCCCGACCCCCACCGCUACCGCAUGACCGUCCUGCGCAACCUGCCCCACCUGCAGAAGCUGGACAACCAGGCCGUGACCGAGGAGGAGCUGUCCCGUGCGCUGAUGGAGGGGGAGGAGGUCACGGCCCCCAGCGGACAGGGCACGGGGAACGGCGGCGGGCCUGCGCUGUCCUACGCCCUGAGCGCCACGGACACCACUGCUGAGACCCGGCAGGACACGCUGGGCUGUGGCCAGGAGGAGACGAGUGGGGCUCAGAGCCAGCUCAGCCUGAAGCCGCCGUCCCGGGACCGGUUUCCUUCCUUCUCACAGAGGGACGCCACGAGCAGUCGCAAGAACAGGAACAAUGUGCUGACCGCCGUCCUGCUGCUCCUGAGGGAGCUGGACCCCGAGGGGCUGGAGACCGUGCACCAGGCCGUGGCCAGCCGGCUCCAGGCCCUGCACAAGCAGCACCUGCAGGAGGACAUGGAGUGACCAUCAGUCGGAAACCCGAGCUGCCACACCUUCCUCCCGCAACCCCGUGCUCAAGCACCUGGGAGACGUGGGGUCCCUUCCGUGGCCACGGCCCCUACUGGACCCCAGCUGAGUCCCAGCAUGCGGGCUGUGUCCCAGGAAGCUCAGGCCUGCCUGGGGAAGCCAAGCCCUCGGUGUGGAUGGCGCCCCAGCGAGAGCAGGAAGGGCGUAAGGCACUGUGCCGGGUGCCCUCCCUGCCCGGGGGCCAGGUGCACGCCGGCCUGCGUGGGGGGCCCACCUGGACUUGGCUCUUCCUGAGGGGGGCAUGGCUGCCACUGUCCCUAAUAAAUAUCUUACCAAAGUC